UGUGCAUAGGGUGUGUGGUCGCAGUUCUGAAUAGAAAUUGUGUUUUAAGGUGGCGAGCGAGGGAUCCGUGCGAGAUAUUCUAUUGAGUUAAUGGGCUUCGAUGAUCGAGUGUAGGAGCAGCAACAAGAGUACGAAGCACAGGCCAACACCAGCGAUGGGACGAUCAUGGAAGCUAUUGGGGGAGAAUGUAUGUGAUUUUCCCGUUGGAGGAUUUGCUAGAGCCAUAUAGCGUACCUAACCAGUCACCGAGCAACCGAACGGAGACCCCAGAAAAACAAAAUAACGAAUCAGGUAAUUCGCGACCUCCCUCUUCGACCCAACCUAGCCUCAAAGCACAACCUGACCAAGGAAUUGCCAUCCUAACUCCUCCCGAGGAGCCCCAGUCUUGCGCAUCCGUCACUUCUGACCUCAAAAGAUCAGGAUCCUUUCGCUCCUUUACAGGACCGAUCUCUGCCGACACCCAAGCCGCCCUCCUCGCCCAAGUCUGCAAAGACCAACCGAUUCCUCCUGCUGCUGCUCCUACACAAACCCUCGCUCUACCUUCCAAACGAACCUCAAUUUUCAGCAUCAAAAAGAGCGUUGACACGGCUGAUGACAAUCAAGUGACUCGAAAAAAAGCUUCCCUUCAAAUUAAAUCUUCGUUCGAACUACCUCCGAAACCUCAGGGAUCACCAAUAAUAGAAAAUGAUUUGAAAAAAAGAACAGACGCUUCAAUUCGCAAAACCCCAACGAAGUCUCAGUCCUUCUCGUCUAUAGCAUCUUCUUAUCAAGCCUUGCACAUCAAGCGAAGUGUAACGCCAACAGGCAGCGCAUUACGGCUCCAUCCCAAUAGUCUAUUGUGCACGACACCUCAUGACGACAGCAGAAACUUACACGACAAAAACACCAACAAAUGCGAACUUUCAUCCUUACAGUCAUUUGACAACAGUUCUGUGAAGCAGCCUAUUGAAGUUACUAGAGGUGAUUCGGGGGUUACCAAAAAGCCUCAAAUUUCACGUGAUCUGCAGUCUAAUUUAUUAGAUCCCAGAGCUGAAUCUCCGUCAUCUGUCGUUCUUCAGCGUCGAAAAAAAGCUUUAGUGAAUGUGUCGGUGCUGCCCAAAGAUUUAGGGACGCAGCAAAAAAGUGCAUUCGGUGGUGCCAAGGACGGCAGUAUCUGUGCCAAAGAAUUCUCAUAUAAUGCGAGUUCUAGUGUUGGUACAAUAGCAGAACAAGAAUUCGGUUCACAAUACAAAACUCGUGCUAGAAGUCAAAAUAUAAGUGAAGGAUUAUCAAGGACACGUUAUUCGCGUGACGGUAGCAUAAGUUACACGUCUGUCGCCAUACGAAGUGACUGUAGCGUUGACAGCAGCACUGACGUGACGCUCGCUGGCAGUAGCAGUUUACGCAGCAGCAACAACAGCAGUUUCCGCAGUAGAACCAGUGACGUAGUCAGGAAUAGAGUUCCUAGAGAUUCCUACGCUAGAACUCGGGGUCCCAUCAUCAUUAAACUGGAUGUUCCUCACGAGGGAUCACCCAUUCAUGUGGACCCGGUGAACAUCGCUCAUGAACGCAACACAAUUUCCGGGUCUUCGACACAUGUCAGCGGCGCAGCGGUGGCGACGUCAACGAACUCAAAACGACCGGCUGCUCCUGUGAGGACUUUGUCCACGGGAGCAGCGCCCCUCAACCUCGACAAAAAUGCUGUUACAAAAUCCCCACCCAGCGGGGCCGUGUCUGAGUUCCUUAGAACCGCGGCUGCUGGCAAUUUCGCUGCAAUAGCAGCCCCAUCCAUCCCAGCUUCCCCACCUCUCUCGGCGCGUCCUCCAGUGGCGGGGACGCAGAGAAAGUCCCAAACAGAGCUACCUUCAAAAUGGACUCAACCUUCCAGUCAUAUCCGGUCCCCGUCGAUUUCCUCCAAAGAAAAACGAGCGUGGGGAAGUUCCCCCCAAAUGUUGGUGUCAGACUCGGUCGAGGCAGGACUGCGACGCCUCACCCACCCAGCUCUCAGUGAGCCUCUCAAGGCUCACUGCAACGUCACCUUCAAGCUCGUCAAGACGGGCCGACGGCUGGAGGCCCUCUGGCGCUCGCGUGGGAGUCGCUGCUGCAGGAGGUGGAGCUGGACUCUCAGCUGCACGUGGACGUGGCGGCUACACUGACCAGGGACGUGGCCCGGCCGCUGGUGGAGAACACGUUCUGCAGGAAGAUAGAGGCCCGCAAGCUGUUCGCUCACAGGGAGAGCUUUGAGACCAUCGUCAGCAAGGCGGAGGAACAGCUUAAGAAGAGCAAGCGGGAGUACACUGAGGCACACAGACAACACUGUCAGCACUACAGUGUACAUGCUUGCUGUGUACAGAGUAAGCGGGAGUACACUGAGGCGUACAGACAACACUGUCAGCACUACAGUGAGCUGGAGGCGCUGCUGGUGGAGGUGGGGGACCAGACGGCGACGUGUCUGACCCACGUCACGGAGGUGGUCGCUGCAAAGGUCCCGGGACGCGGGUCUCAACAACAUUACCGCGUUUUAACCCCAAGGUUUGCCUGGUCCCAGGUCCCGGGAUGCGGGUCUCAACAACAUUACCGCGUUUUAACACCAAGGUCCCGGGACGCGGGUCUCAACAACAAGGCCAACGAGCUGCAGGAGGACAUUUGCUUGAAGCUCUUCGACGUGAGACUCGCGCAACUGCAGCUUGCGGCGGUCACUGCACAGAAAGAGUUGUUUGCUCCGCGUGAGAGCGCUGGAGUCGAAGGCAGGAAGAUGUCGAGCUCAAGUGGCGGCAGCGGCAUGAAGUCCAAGUGGAUGAAGGCCUUCAAGUCCCUCAAGACUUCAUCCAGCGGCCAUCCCGCCAAGGACGCGGACAGACGAGGAGGGGGGCGCACGGGCGAGAUGUCGCCCCCGAUCUUCGAUAACUCGCACUACUUCCAGGAGUACACGUACAAGAAGAUCUCGGCGUGCGAUGUCUGUCAUCAGAUACUCAAGGGACACUCUCGCCAGGGCCUCAAGUGUAAGCUGUGUAAGGUCAGCGUGCAUCCUGACUGUCAGGCGGAGGCGCCCAAGUGUCAGCCGAAGACGCGGCUGCUGAGGCGUCAGCGCAGCACGUCUGACAUCGAGACGAAACAGAUCGAGCCUGACGAGGACGAAA